CCUCCAUGGACGGCGCGUGAGUUUUGAGUUUUGCAUUUUUAUCACGAUUUUUUAACAUUAAAAACGUCAAGAUGAGUAUCGGAACUAAACUUUUUCUUCUUCUAGCUUGGAUUGCCUCGCUAUUUGUCAUUGGAAUCACAAUAUUUUCCUGGGGCUUUUUGCUAAAUCGACUUGAAAUUCCAGACAAGAGUUCGUGCAAUGAUGAAACUACAGAGGGCGCUAGUCACGCUUGCAGAGAGCACAGCAGAUACAACAAAGCGGUUAUAGUUGUAAUUGAUGCCCUCCGGUAUGAUUUUACCAUAUACAAUACAUCCCUAGACAAUGAGAUAUCCCUCCCUUUCCAAAAUAAGCUCCCGUUCAUACAUAAAAUUCUCAAAGAAAAGCCACAAAAGUCCCUGCUAUGCAAGUUUAUCGCAGACCCGCCCACAACGACAAUGCAGAGGUUAAAGGGUCUGACGACUGGAAGUCUGCCGACUUUUGUGGAUGCGGGUAGUAAUUUUGCAAGUGCAGAAAUCGACGAGGAUAAUUUCAUCCACCAGUUCCAUCGGUUUGGCAAGAGAAUCACAUUCAUGGGGGACGAUACGUGGGAAUCGCUCUUCCGUGGUAAAUUUUCUCGCUCGUAUCCAUUCCCGUCGUUCAACGUGAAGGAUCUUCAUACCGUGGAUAACGGAGUCUUGGAGCAUCUCAUCCCGGAAAUGGCCGAGAAGGAUUGGGACGUCAUUAUUGCUCACUUUCUUGGCGUUGAUCACUGCGGACAUCGCUUUGGGCCUUACCAUUCUGCCAUGGGGGAAAAGCUGUCACAAAUGGACCAAGUUCUGAGAUCUGUUGUAGAGAAGUUAAGUGAUGACACCGUGCUGUUUGUAUUCGGUGAUCAUGGAAUGACCAGGACAGGAGACCAUGGUGGGGACAGCGCAGACGAAGUAGCGGCAGCGCUUUUUGUGUACAGCCCAUCAAUCUUACACCAGGAGUCUCCUAACAAGGAAGCUCUCUGCUCAGUAUCUCAGAUUGAUUUAGUCCCAACCCUGAGUCUGCUCCUCGGCACACCCAUCCCAUUCUCCAAUCUCGGAAGUGUCAUCCCUGAGUUGUUUAGCCUCCCACCUGCUGAUCAAGACGCUCCAUCAAGCAGCAAGAACUCAUCUCAUAUCAAACGAUGGUCUCAGGAACUACAGUCGCUCUACAACAAGGUUGCCGCGCUGCGCACCAACGCAGACCAAGUCAACACUUACCUCCGAGCCUAUUCCAAAAUCUCGGAGGAAUUUCCUCAAGCGUACUUCUCCCAACUUCAAACCAUCCUCGACAGCGCUGAAGCUGGCGUCAAGGGGGCGCUUAAAGAUGCAAGUGUCGAUGAGGAGGCUGCCAUGGCCCUAUUGAGGAACUGCGAAAACAUUUACGUGGACUAUUUGAAUCGAGUGAAGGAAACGUGCCGCAGCAUGUGGGCUCGCUUCGACAUGACCUUGAUCAUCCUUGGUUUGUCUAUCACUAUAGGAGCAUGUUUCCUUACUCAUGUCCUACUAACGCACAAUCAUAACUUUGGAAACCGGAGCCAGCUGGACACUGCUCUUGGGACAUUGCUGAAGGUUACCGCGGUAACUAUAAUCGUAUGUGUUUUGAUGAGCAUAAUGAUGAGUGCGGCCCUGCCGAGCCUGCAAUUACAUUCCACAGUUUUGAUUUUGACCAUACCAGCAGUCGGAAGCCUGCUAAACUCAAUCGUAUGGAUAGUGUUUCUUUCCACCGAGAUGAAAGCGUCCAGCUUUGUCAAGCUCUGGAAUUAUUCCAGCAAAACCUUGGUCGCCGUCGCGUUGACAUUCCUAUAUUCAAUGUGUUUAACUUCCAAUAGCUUUGUCGUAUAUGAGAGUUACGUUGUAUCAUUCUUCGCAAACAGUCUUCAGUUUGUCUGUGUGUGCUCAAUAGGUUCCGUCUAUGCACUUGCUAAACCCACCAAAGAACAGGCAAGAAAGAAAGCCAAAGCGGAGAAGUCGAGAGACAUUGGUCAUUUCCUGACCCAUCCUGGCACGAUAUUUGUUCUACUUGCAGUGGCAUUCCACACGUGCGUGCGGUUCAGCAAUGUUUUCUUCGCCUGUCGAGAAGAGCAAAAUCAAUGCCAGGAAACCGAUCUUUUGAGACCCUUGGGGUCAUUCUCCGAUGACUCAGGCAGCUACAGGAACUAUCGCUACUUGUUGUCUGUAGCUUGCCUGGCCGUCAUCCCUGCAUCGUUAACCUUCUGGUUGAACAAACAAGGGAACUUAAAUGGCGGUUCUGCUCCUAUGCUCAGUGUUGUUUACGCUCUACCCUUCGCCACCGUCUCCAUUUGCCUUAACUGGGGAUUACAGGCUCUUCCGCAGAAAAUGGUUGACAGUCUACCCCCUUGGCAGCAGGUGUUAAUGCCAAGGGUAGCCUAUUCCAUGUUACUCUUUUCAUUUGUCUCCGUUUUAUGGAACCCCUUGUGCAUUUACUUAGUACCAAGGGACAAGCACAAAAAGAAAAUCGACUACCCCGGAGAAGGGGAGACCGUUGUGCCUAAACUCUUCAACCACCUGAAGAAUACCUGGAAGCGGAGCCCUCGCCAGCCUAACCGCAUCCCUGAGGAGAGUCAGUUGGACCCUGAUGAGUCAGCUCCACCUGUUGUGUAUGGGUUAGGGACGGUGUACUCGUCGGUCUGCUUGUUAGUCAGUGCAUCAGUGGCUCUCCUCCUGGCGCUGCUCCUUGGGGAUGGCUUAUCUCCGGCCGUCAUCACCAUGCUGAUCCAGAUGCUCAUCUUCCUGGAGUUGUAUGCUGUGAUACGGAAACAGCAACUGGCUCCACUGGAAGCUGUACCAGAUCUCUUACAUUUUGGUAUGCAGCAAGUUCCAUGGUACGCGGUCGCAGCUUGGGGGUUCAUGUCCAGUCAGUAUUUCUUCUCCACUGGUCACCAAGCAACCAUCUCCUCCAUCCGGUUCGACUCGGCCUUCACUGGUUUCCACGGUGAUUUCCCGCCCUAUUUAUACUUCAUCCCUGGUGUGCUAGUCACCAUCAACACGUUUGCGUCGCAGAUCUUCUUUGCUGUGUCGCUCCCGUUGCUCCUGAUCUGGCCAUUCACCCGAGGGAAGAUGUUCGAUCGCCGGAAGGAUGAUGACCGCAAGGGUGAACUGGGCUUGCACGUCAGCACCAGGGAGCUUCGUAUUGCUUUCUUCCAGGUUAUACUGGCUUAUAUGCUGUUCCACGCAACACAGUUGGUUGGGGCCAUGACGUCAGCGGCCAUUCACCGACGCCAUCUUAUGGUUUGGAAGAUCUUUGCACCUCGAUUUGUUUUCCAAGGGACGUCGUUCCUCGUCAUUCUAGUAGUCCUUCUUUUCAGCUACCUACUCAUCAUUAGAGUUGACAGAGCUGUUUCCAACUGGCUCCAAGUCUUAUUCCAGAACUCUUGAACUUGAAGGGAAAGCAUGUAUCAGGCCUGUAUGCUUCGUUUUUUGAAAGGGCAAGGGCACCAAGGCAUUUUCUCCUUGGUAAAGGGC